AAAAACACUUCAUUCUCUACUAUUUUUCAUGUAUGUUUUUCUCUUAUACCCCACCUUCACCUCUAUUACCCCCUACCCCACCUCCAUUUAGUUUCUUUCAUCACCCAAGAAUAUUUUUAUUUUCUCUUCUUGAACUUAGAUAUAAUACCCUCUCUAGUCAUUUGUUCUUUCUCAUCUAUUUUUUCUUCACAUCUUUAUCUUAACAACAAAUCAACAACAAAAAGAAGUAGAAUAAAAUAAAAUUAAAAAAAAAAAAAGCAAGAGAAAAAGAAGCUUGUUUGAUAUAUCCUCCUUCCAUAUAGAAUUAGAAAGGAAAGGUUGAUGGCCCCCGAUGAUAGAGGAACAAGGAACGGGGGAGGAACAAGACAAGCGCUAAAGAAAGGGCCAUGGACAGCAGGAGAGGACGCGAUUUUGAUGGAUUAUGUGAAGAAACAUGGAGAAGGGAAUUGGAACGCAGUUCAAAGGAAUUCAGGAUUGAUGAGGUGUGGAAAAAGUUGUAGGUUAAGAUGGGCUAAUCAUCUUAGACCUCAUCUUAAGAAAGGCGCGUUUACUCCAGAGGAAGAAAGGAUUAUUAUCGACCUUCAUGCUAAACUUGGCAACAAAUGGGCUCGCAUGGCUGCUCAGCUACCUGGAAGGACUGAUAAUGAGAUCAAAAAUUACUGGAAUACGAGGCUAAAGAGAAGACAAAGAGCUGGUUUGCCUAUAUACCCUCAAGAACUACAAUCACAAAACCAACAAGAAAACAAUCAACCCCAAAGCCUCAUCUCUUCCCCAUUUGAUCCCCAAAGAGCAACUUACAACAAUCCUCCCCCUCUUUCCCUUUUGAAUGUUUUCAAUCCUUCAACCAUGAGACCCUCCAUUACACAUCAAUUCCCUCUCAGUAGUAACACCAUUUUCCGCGAUCCUCCUAAAGGCCUUCCCUUGGCAUUACCAUCUUCUUUGAGAAAUUCACCUCUCUUUUCAGGGUCCGCAUCUAUGCCUAACAACAAUUUUGGUCCUACCUUGUCCAAUUUAAUGCCGGUGUCAUCAUUUCAACAAAAUUAUCCGAAUUUUAGCUUCACAACAAGGCCUUUUAUGGGGAUUCCUUCGAACCAAAAUGAAUUAAUGUCCAGUAUGGGUCUUAGUUCUAUUAAUUACCCUUCAGGGCCAUCGGUAAUGACUCCGUCUUCUGAGAAUACAUGUAGUGACUUUGGUUCUAGUGAUGCUAAUAAUUAUGCCAAUGUUGAAUUAUCGCAAGGGAAUAGUGGAUUAUUAGAAGAUUUAUUGAAGGGGACUCAGAAUUUUCCUCGAUCUACGAAUAUCGAAGAGAAUAAUAGUCUUGAUUUAAAUGGAAAAGGAAAAUCAUUGUGGCAAGACUAUGGUUUAGUGGGAGAAGAGGCAAGAGAUCAUCAAGAUGAAGCCUUUUUAACUGAAGAAUCAGUUUACAGCUUUGCUCAUGGUGGUGAUGUCAACUUGAACAACUCCUCUGAAAGCUCUAGCACUGAUCCCAAUGCAUCUUCAGGGAUAUUCUUGAGAAAGGAAGGUUCAUUACAAGGAAUUAAUCAAGUGGAUGAGCAUAUAAUGAGUCUUCUUAAUAAUUUUCCUCUAGAUCAAGAACCAGUUCCAAAUUGGUAUGAUGAAAGUGAUGACAAAAAAAUGAAUUCAGAAAUUGGUGCUGAUGAUCACAAAGCUGAAAGUUUGGGUGAAGAUUCUUCGAAGUCACAAGUGGCAAUAACAACAACAUCAGGGCUAAAACAGCAUGAUUGGGAACUUGGAGGGUGUUGUUGGAAUAACAUGCCUCCUUUUUGUUAGAGUAAAUUGGAAGGCAAAAAGAACAUUGAUGAUUAGGUUAAAAAAAUUGGAAAAGAUUGAGGGAUACCUCUCUUUCCUUUUUUUUAGAAAACCUUUGGUUGAGAUAUAUUUUUAGGUAUGUUUGAUUGAUGAUCAAUCAUUUGGGAUUAUCCUAGAUUAUUUGCUGUUUUCGUUGAGUUAGAGUUGUCUAGUUUUAGGGUAUGUUGUUGGUUUCUAGGGUAUGUUUGCUCGAAUUUUUUAGAAAUGUUGUCGAGUGCCUGUUGGAGGUUCUCGCACAAAGUUUGGUGAUAGUUUUGGAGACCCGAGCAAUAUAGGUUUUAGUGCAGUCAGUCUAAGCAGUUGUUCUAUAUGAACGACAAUCAAGAUUUAUCUUGUUAAGCUUGUUUUAUAUAUUGGUGUGUUAUAAACUGUCUCUGGGAAAUUGAAAGUUAUUUAUGUCUAUUUGA